CUCAUUCUAUAUACCACUCAAGCCUAUGUUCGGCUUCUUACGGUCUGCAAGAAGCCGAGAACCCGAUAUACUGGGAGAUGCCGCAAUCACUUCGGCGGCCCUGUUUCAUCCGCUUUCUGGUAUAGUUCCGGACAUUAUCUCCUUGGUCUUCUGAUCCCUCAGACGUUCCUCAUCCAAUUACGCGGCAGAAGUAACUUCGCAUAUAUAAUCACAGAGCAUCCUCAUUGAUGAUCACCAUCCACCUCAGAUCAUUUCAGGCAAGCCUUGCAUCAAAAUGACCGCAGAUCUUUGCAACCUUCCUCUUCCCAUCGCCUUCAGCAAUAUUUAUCUUAAUGGGGCCCACACACCCUCUCACUCGUCCGAAACCUUCAGUCUUCACAACCCCAAGGACGACACCCUUGUGGCCGAAAACAUUCCCGUCGCAGAUGAGGUCGACGUGGAUAAGGCCGUUGGAUACGCAGAGUCAGCAUUCCAGGGUUCUUGGUCUAAAUUCUCGGCCGCGGAACGCGCAGCCUGUUUUCGUCGGUUGGUAGAUUUGCUUGAAGAACGGUUGGAAGAGAUCCUUCGCCUGGAUUCGUUGACUACCGGAAAUCCGGUGUCACUGAUUCCGACGAGGGAAAAGGGUUAUAUCAUCAAUUGUCUGUUGUAUUAUGCCGGAUGGACGGACAAGCACCGUGGCGAUUACUUCCCCGCGGAUGAUGGAUUCAUCAAACUCGUCAGACACGAACCAUUAGGAGUGUGUGUCGCCAUCAACCCAUUCAACUCCCCAGUGGCAUCCCUGUUCAUCAAAGCUGCUCCUUGCCUCGCCACGGGGAACGUUUUGAUCGUGAAACCAUCGGAAAAGAGUCCUUUAGGCUCGCUAGCCAUCAUGCCGCUCUUCGAGGCAGCCGGUUUUCCUCCGGGUGUGAUUCAAGUUCUCACUGGAGAUGGGAGGACUGGGGCGCUUCUGGCGAGCCAUAUGAGGGUUCGUAAGAUUAGCUUCACGGGCAGCAUAUCCGCAGGAAAAAAGAUCCAGGUUGCUGCUGCACAGAGCAAUCUGAAGCGUGUUACAUUAGAACUUGGUGGGAAAAGCCCAGCCAUUAUAUUCCCCGAUGCGGAUCUUGAAAACGCAGUGACUUGGACCGUCAAUGCAAUACUCGCUCGAACCGGGCAGGUCUGUGUCGCUGCGUCACGAGUGUACGUCCACCGAUCCAUUAUCGACGAUUUUCUCCAACGCUACACAGCCAGAAUGAAGGCUGCUGUGGACGACAUGGGUGACCCACAAGAUCAAGGAUACAAGUACGGGCCGUUGGUAGACACCAGUUCGUUCAAGAAGGUCUCUGCUAUGAUUUUGCGCGGGAAACAAGAAGCUCGAUUGCUGGUCGGAGGAAACCGAAUUGGGGAUCGGGGAUGUUUCAUCGAACCGACUGUUUUCUUUGACCCAAAGCCAGGGGCGGAAAUAUACCAGCAAGAGGUAUUUGGUCCGGUUUCGGUAAUUCGAGUGUUUGAUGCGGAGGAUGAGGUGGUUGCAAUGGCUAAUGAUACCGAGUAUGGUCUCAUGGCGGGGGUCUUUACGGCGGAUUUGAACCGUGCGAUGCGGGUUUCAGAGAGAAUUGAGGCGGGUGUCUGUGGAGUGAAUUGUGUUAGUGUGAUGAAUGUGCAGGUGCCGUUUGGGGGGAAGAAAUCGUCGGGGAUUGGGAGGGAGUUUGGUUCUAAUGCCCUGGAUGCUUAUACAGAGCCGAAGACAGUUUUGAUUUAUGUUGGAAAGAACUAG